AUGUCAUCCUUUAUAGCACUGUCUGCCAUCGCUCUCGGAAUUCUUCUCCCUCUGUUCAGAUACCUGGUUCAGCCGUUUUUCCUCUCCCCGCUCUCCAAGAUCCCCAAUGCCCACUUUACCUCUCCGAUCUCCAGCCGCUGGAUCCAGGCGAUCCGCCAGGCUGGCAAUGAAGUCCUCACCAUCCACGCAUUGCACCGCAGACAUGGCCCCGUCGUCCGGCUGGCCCCCGACGAGCUGAGCGUCAACUCACUGCACGGCCUGCGGGUCGUCUACACCGGUGCAUUCGAAAAACACCCGCUCUACCGCGACCUCUUCCUGAAUUUCCACACCGAUAACCUCGUAGGCAUGGUCCCCAAUGCACCUCACGCACGCCAAAAACGCAUGCUCAGUCGUGUAUACUCGAAGUCGUACCUCCAGGAAUCGGAUGCCCUCCGUAGCAUUUCAGCCAUCAUCCUCUCCCAGAGACUUCUUCCCAUGUUGCAGCGAUUCGCUACGACCGGGGAGACAGUUAAUGUCCUCCCACUCUUCCAGGCUGUCGGGAUGGACUUUACCUCGUCAUAUCUAUUUGGGCUGCAAACGGGAACGCAGUACCUCUUUGACCUACCGCAAUGGCUUCACUGGCUAGACCAGUAUAACGAAUUCAAGAACCUUAACCCCGAUGUGCGCGCAGAUGGAUUCAUCGAACGAUGGUGUCUCUCGCUGUGCAUGCAGACAAAAGCGAAAACCGCCAACGACUCGGGUAAUGGAGAGGAUCUGUCUACAGAGCCAGUGGUAUACAGUUCACUCCGCCAUGCGCUGGAGAAAUCUCCCGACUCCCGCCCAAUCGACCUCGCCAUUGCCUCUGAGCUUCUCGACCACCUCGUUGCAGGCCACGAGACCUCGGGAAUUACAUUCACGUAUGUAAUGUGGGAGCUCUCUCAGCGACCAGAGAUACAAGAGGACCUCCGUCGCGAACUCUCGACACUCAACCCGCCACUCCGUUACCCAUUGGCGUCUAUAACAGAGGGUGAUGGUGACGGUGAUCUCCCGACUUUUCCGCACCCAUCUGACAUCGACUCCCUCCCGCUCCUGGACGCUAUAAUUCGUGAGACUCUCCGCUUGCAUGCCCCCGCUUCAUCGCCGCUACCCCGUGUCACACCAGAUACCCCAGGCGGGACAUCGAUAAACGAUUUCGACAGUAUCCCGGGGGGCAUCACGGUGUCGUCGUCGGCGUAUACGCUCCACAGAAUCGAGGAGGUAUACCCGCAACCAACAGAGUGGCUGCCCCAGCGGUGGGCCAGCCCUGAGCCUGGGAAGAAGCACGAUAUGCGGAGAUUGUGGUGGCCGUUUGGGAGUGGGGGGAGGAUGUGUCUCGGGAGUAAUUUUGCGUUGCAAGAAAUCAAGCUGGUCAUGGCGGCUGUAUAUACGAACUACAUGACCUCGAUUGUGGAUGACGAGGGUAUCGAGCAGGAUCUCACGGAGUUUAUCUCCUUGCCCAAGAGCCGGAAGUUGAUGUUGAAGUUUAGUCCUGUCAAGGACUCAAGUUGA